CAAACAGCCGCCCAGGCGAGCCUGAGCCAGCGGCGCGGAGACACCCGGCGGGGCGGUGGGGCCAUGGAGGACGGCGGCGGCGGCGGCUGCUGCUCUCGGGGGCCCUGAGAGAUCGAGCGGAAGGGCCUGCAAAGCUGUCUACCAUGGAAAGGCUGCUGCUGGUCCAGCUGCUAAUGGUGGGGAGCACGCUGGCUCAGAUCGAGGCCUGCCCCUUCCACUGCGUGUGCCAAAACCUCUCUGAGUCACUCAGCACGCUCUGCGCCAACAAGGGUUUGCUCUUCAUCCCGCCCAACAUUGACCGGCGGACCGUGGAGCUGCGUCUGGCUGACAACUUCAUUCGAGUGGUGGAGCCACCAGACUUUCUGAACAUGUCGGGCCUGGUGGAUCUGACCCUGUCUCGGAACACUAUUGACACCAUUCGCCCCUUUGCCUUUGGGGACCUGGAGAGUCUCCGCUCACUCCACCUGGAUGGCAACCGGUUGACCGAGAUCGGCGAAGAGGCCUUGCGAGGAAUGUUGAACCUUCAGCACCUCAUCCUGAACAACAACCAGCUGGUGGAAAUCUCGGUGGCCGCAUUUGAUGACUUCUUGUUGACCCUCGAGGACCUGGAUUUGUCCUAUAACAACCUGCAGACUGUCCCCUGGGAAGGGAUACAGGGAAUGCUCUUCCUUCACACGCUCAACUUGGAUCACAACCUCAUUGACUUUGUCAUGGAAGGCACUUUUGCCGAGCUGUACAAACUCUCCCGGUUGGAUAUGACCUCCAAUCGCCUUUACACGCUGCCCCCCGACCCGCUCUUUGCCCGCUCUCAAGUCGGGGUUAUCAGUCCAACUCCUUACACUUCCACCAUAGUGCUAAGCUUUGGUGGGAAUCCCUUGCAUUGCAAUUGUGAGUUGCUGUGGUUGCGGCGCUUGGCUCGGGAGGAUGAUAUGGAGACCUGCGCCUCCCCUCCACAGGUAGCAGGUCGCUAUUUUUGGUCUGUGCCUGAGGAAGAGUUCACCUGUGAGCCGCCGCUCAUCACCCGCCACACCCACAAGCUCUGGAUCUUGGAAGGCCAAAGAGCCACUCUGAGGUGUCGGGCCAUUGGGGACCCAGAACCGGUCAUUCAUUGGGUCUCCCCCGAUGACAAGAUCAUCUCCAACUCUUCCAGGACUGUGUCAUUUCGCAACGGCACACUGGACAUCCUGGUGACUACUAUCCGGGAUGACGGAGCCUAUACUUGCAUUGCCAUCAAUGCAGCUGGGGAGUCCACCGCUGUUGUGGACCUCAAAAUCAUCCCCUUACCCAUCGGGGGGAACGGCAGCAUCACUGUGCUGCAACAGGACCCAGGCUCCUCCGACAUUGCCACCUCGGCCAAGACGUCGGCCAAUGCCACCGAGGGGGGUUCCGAGCGAAGAGUGGAAGUAUCUGACGUGACAGCCACCUCGGCAUUGGUGCGCUGGAUGGCUGACAAGUCGGCCUAUGCAGCAUGGAUGUAUCAGAUCCAAUACAACAGCACUGCGGACGAGACACUCAUCUACAGGAUUAUCCCGGCCAGCAGCCGCCAUUUUGUCCUGAAGCACCUUGUGCCCAGUGUGGAUUACGACCUGUGCGUCUUGGUCAUCUUCGAUGACAUGGCCACGUCCCUGGCAGCCACACACUUGCUGGGCUGUACUCAAUUCACCACGGGGGAGGCCUACCCAGACUGCCACUCCCUCCACGCCCACUUCCUGGGUGGGACCCUGACGGUGAUCGUGGGAGGCAUCAUUGUGGUCACCUUGCUGGUUUUCACGGUGGUCAUGAUGGUGAAGUACAAGGUCUGCAGCAGUGCCCACGGGAGCCUGCCCAAGGUCACCAAUGUCUACUCACAGACCAACGGCGGGCACCCCAAUGGCCUGCUCCCCCAGCGGACGCCCCCCAAGGAACGGGGCCCAAAGCACCGGCGCGUGCGAGUCAAGGCCGCUCGGCCUGAAGGGCUGGAGCACAGGACGGGGGACGGGACGGGGGGAGUGGCCUGGAGGUCACCCGUCCCCGCCAAGACCAAGCGCAGCAGCUCCCUGGACAUGGGCGACAUCUCGGCCAACUCCUGUUACAGCUACGCCAAGCGCCUCAGCUUCAUGUGGACCAAACGCAGCCAGUCUGUGCAUGGGAUGCUUGUGCAGUGUGCGGCGGGCCCCGAGGGGGACGCCAAAAGACUUGGGCCCUUCUUAAAUGCAGACGAACUUGAAGAAAGUGUGGUAUAGCCUGUAGCCCGGAUCCCUGGAAUAGGGGGGAAGGGGGACAAGCGUCCCACCCCAUGCAGCUAGAAGGGUAUGCCAGACUGCAGCCGAAGCCUGGAUGAGUGAGGGUGCUGGGGAAGGGUGAGGGGGAAAGAGUCCCUCUAACAGAUACCGCAGAGGUGGGGGACUUCCCAACGGGAAGCACUGGAUAUACAAUGCAACCUCAUCUGGUCUAGCAACAGUGCCUGCAGGUGUGCCAACAGGUGGUGCUACAAUUUGCUGCACUAAAGCACCCAUGUCGAUUGUGGUAACACCGACAGAGGCCAGGCUGCGUACUGGAAAUUCUCCUGGAGAAAGAACGCGCACUGAAGGGUGACAGAAGGAGAGCCGCUCUGACUGGAAAAAUGGGAAAUGUACUUUGUUCUGCUCAGCCUCUGAGGCCAGUGGCUGCCCUGGUCCUUGGCGUUUUUGCCUGCGCCAGUGGUUCUUUGGAGUGGUGAGUGGGGAUGUGUCUUCAGAAAGCCCGAGAGCAAAGUUGCGGGUGCUGAAACUGAUUGUUGUGGAGGGGAAGGGGUGUGUCUUUUUUUAAUUUUAAUCAUUUGCCAAAAGGAAAGAAAAGAAUACUAAUAAAAUAACCCCGAAUUGU